AUGUGCAAGUCCAAGGGCUUUUUGGCAGUCGAUCCUGACAAUGUGGACGGCUACUCGAAUGUGAACGGCAAGGGCCUAACCGCCGCCGACCAGCUUGACUUCAACCGCUUCCUUGCAGGCGAGGCGCACAAGCAGGGCGUGGCCGUGGGGCUGAAGAAUGACAACGACCAGAUCGCGCAGCUGGUGGACGUGUUUGACUUUUUUGUCAACGAGCAAUGUCACGAGUUCGACGAAUGCGGUACGUACGCGCCCGCCAAGGCAGCCGGCAAGCCUGUCUACAAUAUUGAGUACUUAGCCAAAAACUUUGCGAAGGGCUGCCCUCAGCAGGCCGCCAUGGGCAUCCACACCUCCCUCAAGAACCAAAAGCUCAAGGCUCUGCCUUUCACGCGGUGUCCGAACAACCCGUGGCUCUCCCUCCCGCCGAGCCCAAAGCCCCUGCCCUCUCCAUCCUCGGUGCCCAACCUGGGCCCCAUCGCCACCUCCUCCUGGUGGCGGCCCAAGGCCUCCGACAACCUGGGGUGGCAGUACAUGACGUCAGCAGAGUUCAUCCCCGCCACAAUGUGGGUUUCCACUGCCAAGGUUUACGUCAUUGAUCUCUUCCUCAACAGCGCCGCCACCACAGCCGCCAUCGCAGCCAAGGGAGGCUACGCGGUCUGCCAAUUCAAUGCGGGGACCUAUGAGGAUGGGCAGCCGGACUCUGGCUUGUUCACUGCCGCAGACCACCCUAAAAAUAGCUGGCUGGAUAUAAGAGCAACAAAUGUGCGCUCCAUCAUGCAAAAGCGCCUGGAGCUGUGCAAGUCGAAGGGCUUUGUGGCGGCCGUGCCGGAAGGCCUGGACGCCUACAUCAACGACAACGGCAUGGGCCUCACUGCGGCCGAUCAGCUCAGCUACAACUCGUUCCUGGCGGACGCGGCACACAAGCUGGGCCUGGCUGCUGGGCUGAUGAAUGACCUCGGCCAAGUGAAGCAGCUGCUAUCCUCCUUUGACUUUUACAUCAACGAGUGA